AUGGAUCUGAUAAUGGGGAAGGUAGGCGGGUACUUGUUCAACCAGCAGACCAGCAAGGAGAUGAACAACAGUAUAUCAAGCAGUAUCGGAGAUGGAGCCAAAUGGGUGGUCAACAAAAUCAAAGGGAAAAUGCAGAAACCAUUGCCUGAACUCCUAAAGGAAUACGACCUUCCAAUGGGCCUCUUCCCACAAGACGCAUCCAUUUACGAGAUCAACGAGGAGACAAAGAAGCUCACGGUGCGCAUCGCGUCAGCGUGCGAGGUUGGCUACAAGGAUUCACUGGUGCUCCGGUUCUUCACCUGCGUGACCGGCAAACUCGACAAGGGGAAACUUUCGGGGGUGGAGGGCAUCAAGACCAAGAUCCUCAUCUGGAUCAAGGUGACCGCCAUCAGGACGGAAGCCUCCAAGGUGCAUUUUUGCGCCGGCUUGAACAAGACCCGGAAUCGCGACUCCUACGAGGUCGUCAGGGACGGUGUUUCCAUAGACAAGUUCUAG